CUGAUGAUCGCGCGCUCACUCUCUCACCCGUUCAACAUCUCGUGCACCUCCACUCCUCAGCAGCCGCCACCAGUUUACCCGCUGACCGAGUGAGGCGACAAGAAUUGAAAGUCAAGCACCGGCGGGGAAUGAAUUAUCGAUGAAAGAUGGACGAAUGAUGACAGGUCGGUCAGUUGGCCCGGCAGACAGGAGAACCGCUGUCGCAGAGGACAGGCAGAUUGAGGAGGAGGAGGAGGAGAAGGAGGAGAAGGAGAAGGGACGGAGGAGAGAGGAAAGCAGUCACAUCUGCCGUGACUUUGGAGAUUUCUCUUCGGCAAAGUGGGGAGAAAAAAAGGAGCCACCACCUUAUUCUUUCGGCUGAAACCCACUACAUGUGUGAGGAAGAGUUGACGUGUGUCGGAAUUACAGCGGUGGACUUCUGUGUUGAUUUUUGGACACCUUUUUUUUUCCUGUUAUCUGUUCAGCAAUUUUCCUCCGUUAAGGUAACGUCUGUUAGACGUUGUGCCGCGUGCGCACCAGCUGGUAACGGACUUUCUGGCAAUUUUUAAUACCGUCAAGAUAAGCUCUUUAUUUUGGUUGUGUAUUUGAAGCAUCCUCUGACAGUGUUUGGCCUCCGUGGGUACAGUGUGGAUUUGUUUUAAGGGGUAAAAGAGGACGGAUUUUUAAGAGGGCGAUACCCCCCUCCUCCCCUUACAUAAAUGUUUGCGUGCCGUUAGUGCUCUCGUUCUCGGUCGACCCCCUCCACCCCAUCCCCCCACCCCCCGUUUCCCUCUGAAUAGGUUCGCUGAGUCUCACACGCAGACAGACGCAUCGCAUACGCGCAUAUAGACACAGACCUGAACAUUAUUUUACGCGCACGACCAUACACACUCACACAUACACAUAUCACAUGUGCAUACGUAAUUUUGAAGGCAAACCUUAGCACCCUCACCCAUCUCACCCACCACCAACCCUCUCACCCCCACUAUCUGAUGACUCCCCGGCGUAGAGUUGGACGUGGCACGGAACCGACUGUAGCAUCACCAUCAUCAUUCUCAUCCUCAACACCACCACAGUCAUCAUCGCCACCCUCCCCCUCUUCCUCGCCACCAUGUCCUCGUCGUCGCGCAAGAUCUCCUCCGAGUCGUUCAGCAGCUCGGUGGGCUCGGACUGCGGGCUCGAGAGCCCCGGGGGAGACGGAGGGGACGGCGGUCUGGAGACGACGGAGGAGAGCCGAGGCUGCCCCUUCUCUUCGUUCCCUUCCUCCCACAGAGCGGCGCUCUGGAACGGCCGCAGCCCAGCUGAGAGGUCGGCGUGCCCGGCGGGCGAGGAGCAGCAAGGACCCCACAAGAGGGUCACCAGGAGGAGACGAGUUAACCUGGACUCGCUGGGGGAGAGCCUGAGGCGACUUACAUCACCAAUGGUAGGCCUCUAGCACAGUCUAUGAAGAGCUCAAAAUGACACCAAAUAGUCCUGCAAGAAGUUGAAGUACCAUAUUUCUAAAGGCAUCCUAUCUCCCAUACUUAACUGUUCAAUAGACCUGCUCUUGUCAAGUGGCAUUCACUAGCUGUAUGGCACGUUCAGCCUCCUGAAAUGGUCAAUAUGAUGACAGCCAGUUCAGGAGGAAUUAGACCUUUGCAACAGCAUCUCACAACUUCAGCAGUAGCACAAUUUCCCCAAAUCCCAAACAAUAUUUGCCCCUUACCAUUAUAUGAAACUUUUUCAGCCUUCUAAUCUGAUAGCCUGAAUCAUCUGGCAGAUUAUAUAAUGAAUAUGCUGUUGUGAAAGAGAGAGAGAGAGAGAUGCCCAGGCCCUGUCUGUGGAUGUAAUGAUGUGAGGAGUGUGACGAAUGAGCCUGUUUCUGUGUCUGUGUGUCUCAGUUGUAUUACAGGCUCUAAUGUAAUAAAGCAGUUAUUAGAACAGCGCAGUUUGAUAGAUGGGACAUGAUUAGGGCAUUGCAUAGUGUUUUGUUAUGGUACAUCAGUUUGAGAUUUGAUUAAAUCUUCUGCAAUUUGGCUUGCAUAAUGUAGCCAGACAACAUUGGCAAACAAAAGACAGAUGCCAGAUAUGUAAAUGGUAUGAAGUUUAACCGGAGAUAGAGUACUUGUCUGCUUUUCUUGUUCAUUCUGUCUUUCCUUUCAUUAACUAAUUUGCUGUUUUAGGCUUAAAUAAAACCAGUUUAUGAUUCUGCCACAAAAAAUGUUGUGUUAUAGUUACACUGAGUCCAAACACAGUCAUAGUUUGGCAUCUUCAUACGACCAAAAAUAGUAAAGAUGUCACAGAGGUGUAAGACCUAGUUAAGUUCCAAAUACUUUCCUGGCCAGAGAGAAUAUUUUCAGCCAAUAUUCCUGCACUCUAGAUUGCAGUCAAAUGUGGAAAGUUUUGUCUCAUGUGCCAAGAAGAAAAAGUCAUAAAUCUAGCAAACUUAAUAUGAAGUAGCCCAAGAGAUAACACAUACAUUGACAAACAUAUUUAGAAUACGGUUUGCCGGUAUUUCAAGAUUCACAUGUAAACUUGCUAGUAAACACAUGCGUUUGUUGUUUAUCAUGCUGUAGGUGUUACACAAUAAAGAAUACUUUGUAAUUAAGCUCUAAAUAUUAAGUGUGUAAUCAUCCCUCGACCAUAGUCCAACUGGUCGACUUUUCUUAGGUGCCUGACAUGUAGUGCUGUUUGUUUAAGCACUGGAGCAUGCCGAUGAGGGUAAAGUGGUGGCUAAUCUGAUGGUUAUUUAUCAACUUUAACUGUACCUGUAAGUUUGCAUGUAUUGGUCAACCAUGACCUCAUGGUCAAAGGUUGAAAGGACUGAAUUCAUGAAUAGUUCAUCGUGCAAGUAUGAUAUCACAGCAAAGAAUCUAUUGAAGCUGCAAUAGUUGAUACCAUUGAGACAUAGUUUGUGGCAUUGCAUUUCAUACAUAGACGAAUGUAGACGGUUUUAAUGUUUUAAAUGCUGUUCUCUACUUACAGAUUCCAAGCUAACGAAAUGAUACAUGUUGUUUUUUUCUGCUUGAUAUCUCAGUCAUGGAUCAAAAAUGUAUAUGACUUAAAACCCUCCACUUAACUUGAUUAUUUUUUUCACUAUUACGUCAUAUAGUUUUUUAUUUGAUGAACAAAUGAGUUGAUAUAUGAAAAUAAAUUUGAUUGGAUUUAUUACUUGAAAAGGAAAAAUGGUGGCCAUGUCACUUGUAUGCCUGACCCCAUGUAUUACCUCAAAUAACCAACAGGAGUAAGCUUGCUUGAAUAAUAUUUACUUUUAAACUUUUGAAUUUAACGUUUCGGUAAAAAUCAGCUUACUUUUCAUCAAGCUGUAACACAGAAACUGAGAGACCUCGCUUGAUGAGCAAUAUGCGAGCUGUAUUCACACAUGAUUUACUGCAGGAAAAAUACCUCUUUUACAGAAUUUCUAUGAUGAGAAAAAGCAGAAGCCAGCAUAUUGUUAUCUAGAGUAAGCUCUGAGAGGUUGUCUAUAGUUUAAUUUGGGUUUUUUUGUGUCUUUCACAUAAAGAAAGAAAAGCUGUGGCACAAGCACACUUCAGCAAGGCAUGAGAUUAUUCCUCAGAAGCAAUAGCAAAACCAUCUAACACAGUGCAGGAUGAUAUGGCCUUGAAUCAGUAUCGCAAUUAACUGAAAAUUUUACCUUGAGUACAAUAAAUUAAUUAUGAAAAUACUACAAAAACUAUCAAGAAUAAUAAAAAUAGGUAUAACAGUGAUAAUAAUCAUAGUAAUGCUAAUAUUAAUUAUUAUUAUUAUAGUGAUAUCAACGAUAAUAAUAAUAAUGAUAAAAGUAAUGAAUGUAAUUAUGAUAAUAUAUAACAAAAACCACAACAACAACAGAAAUAAUUACAAUAAUAACAACAACAACAACAGCAUCAACAACACUAAUAGUAACAAUAAUAACAACAAUAAUAACAAUAAUAAUAAUAAUGAUGAAAAUAAUGACACUAUUUUUCAUAAUUUGUUUAAAAGCUGGGACAUUUUUCCUGUGUCUGAAUUCUUUAUAUAUUUGUGUGACAUUUGUAAAUACGUUUUGUAGAAAGCUUCUUUGUGGAGGCACUUGUUGCUUCUAUGUCACACACUGGACAAGGCAGGGUCAUGUGAAAAAAACAUAUGGAUAAAACAGAUGGCUAUAUGCUGUUGAUGGGACAGUCCGUGAAUGCACGAAGUACGGAAAGUUUUAACAAAAUUAUCAAACAAAGAUUAACAUACAUGGGCAAGAUAACAUCUGUUUUAGGUUUUCAAAGAAUUUUUAAAAUUAGUUGUCCAUCCCUCAGCUGGUUGUCGAUAUUAUUCUGUUGCUUUUAUCUCAACAUUUGCACAAAAUAUUGCCUAAUUGAUAUCUUAGUUUGUGUCUUUGUUGAAGGUAUGGACAAUCAUACACAUUAACCCAUCAUCCCAUUAACCCUGUCUUGUUUAAAUCUAAAUACUAUGCCUUACAUCAUCGAUACAGGUAAAGAUCUGUCAAUAAAAUUAUAGCUGUUAAAAAUAAAUAGCAAAUCAGUAUUUUUCUUUCAUUCUUGCAUCUAUCUAGAAAUUCUUGUACUCGUGUGUUCUUCUAUUUCUAUUUGUGUUGGUUCCACACAACAAAUACUGCAAUGUUUCCAACCAACUACAGGGUCGUGGGAAUAUGUUUCUCCAAAUUGCAAAUGCUCAGACCCUGCGGUUCAAUUCCUGAGAGAAAUAGAUGAUGCAGAGAAAACACAGCAAGGAUUGUCAGCCAUUUUUGGCUGCGCAGGCACAACCUUGCAGAAUAAUGAAAUUCAACAGCAUAGCUAAAAAUAUGAAGUUGGUGUUUAUUGGAGAGGACCACUGAGAGUCAACUUCAGCUCUCAGCUGCAGCUCUUAUGGGUCUUAAAUGGAUUUGUGGAAAAUAUUCUGCAGAGUGAAUACUUACAAAAUGGUUUGUAUAACACUGAUGAUAAUAUCUGACAUUUUAUUUGGUACAUGGCAAUUAAGUGUUUCUCUGUGAGUGUACGUGUGUGUGUUUGUGUGCAUGCAAAAAUGGGUUUGUUAGCCUAUGAGCACAAUUACAGGCAGCAGCUCAGUCUUUCUUCUAAUCAGGGUAUGUUAUUACGGUGCUGUGCUUUGGUCAUAGGGGCAGGUGAAGGGUGCCCCUAUGACCGAACACAUAGGAUGUUUCAUGUUUUCUCACCAUCCAAAUACAUAAUUAUCUACAUUGCCAUCAAAAUGUUGAUUGCUGUUGCUGGCAGGGACACAUGGCAGCAUAUUAAUGUAUAAACAGUCAAGGAUACACCUAAAACACACUUUUAUAUAUUCUCUCUCUCUCUCUCUCUCUCUCUCUCUCUCUCUCUCUUUAAAACACACUCACACACACUGGCUGCGUGCAGUAGCAGUGCCUGUUGUUGACUGCAGUGGACCGUGACGGAGAGGACAGAGAAUGCUCUCUGUGGUUGUCUUCACCCUGACCACACUGACCUAGAAGCUACAACACGCACACAAACACACACAUUUACAUUUGUGCAAACAGUCAUUUUCUGUCUCCCCCUUUCUCCCCACUCCUGCUUUCGUGUAAUCACAUGGAAGGUAGCCAUUAGCUUAGUGACCCAUGACGUUGAUCAAAAGGCCCUGAGUGUUGGCUACAAAUAUGAAAAGUGCGAGACAAGUGUGUGAGUUUACUAAAGUGAGUACUCUGGUACACCCACAUCCCUUAAUCUGUGGUCACAUCUACUCAACUAGGAACUGGUGUAAUAAUGAGAAAAAAUGACUUUAGUUUUUUGCUAAAAAGCAGUUUGUUAGUCAUGCUGCAUUAUGUAUGUGUGUGUGUACAUUCUGUUAUCACCACACUGCUUUACAAUGAUGACCUGUUGAUGUUGUCUAUUCUAGGCCUGCUUUCUAUUAGUGGAAAAAUAUCUUAAAUAAAGGUAGUGCUAGUGCUUAAAUCCUUCUGUGACUUCAUUUAAAUGGGAGAAUUAUAUUAAAUGAGUAACUCCAUUGGUUGUUUUGCGUCCUACCCUCAAAAAAGUGUAGUUCUGGGAGCUCAUCAAUUGGGACACCACUGACAUAAAAAAUCCACUUUACUCUAAAAAUGGAGACGAUUGUGACACGUUUUGUUGGACUCCAACUGCACAAUGUAGUGAUGAUGUCAAAACACCACCCAGCACUGUUCAUGAAUACCAUCAAUGCAGAAAAUGAGUUCCAAAGUAACUCCCCUCUGUAAAUAAAGUAGUUUGGAUGACCACACUUCCAAGAUUAGUUUGAUAAUUUUUCACCGUUAUGGAAUCUUGUUUCUGACCCUGGGACAAGCAACAGGGGGAGCCAGAUUUAUAUAGCUUGGUUGCACCAUGACUCAGUUUUAUUGUCAUUAUGAAGAGGAAUAAAACACAAGAGCAUACAUAAUAAACAGAUUGCAAAUGACUGCCUGAAGCGCAUUAAUUAGGUAGUCUAUUUUGCAUGCAUGUUGCAUGCCAUCACACCCAGCAUGUAAACAUUCGACCUGUCAGAUGGAGCCCUGGACACACGGGCUGUACAUUCACACCAUUAAACUAAUCAGAUUAAGCCCCAGAUAGCUGUCAGCUCCCCUCAGAUUAAUUGGUGUCAAUUUGGUGGUGACAGCAAGGUUAACUAGCAGCAGAAGAUAAAGAGAGAAAAACAUGGUCAAGGACAAUCUUGGGGUGAAAAAGAGAAGUGCUUGGCUUUUUGAAUGAAUUUUCGAUUCGUUAGGAAGUACCUCUACAGAACAAAACACGUAGCACUACAGAAACACCUACAGACCGUGAUAUUGUAGCUACUAUGAACAUACAGAUGAUCUUUUGACACAAAUCAUAUUGUCAUUGCAACAUUUACGAGCAUUUUGCACACCACAGAUCUUUCCUGUAUUGUGCAGGCCUAUAGAAAUGUAACACAGAGUCCUUAGGUUGAAUUUCACGGUGGGUGUUACGGUUCAGGGUAUUCACAGUGUUUAUUUUGAGUAUAUCUUUAAAAUACUGAUGUGAAAACGUAACACAUAUUUAUACACACACAUACGCAAUAUAGUUAAACUCAUAAACUAUUGCAUCUGUUUUGUCUGGCUGAUGUAAUUGAUCAUCUCCCAAAGGAGCCAAAAUGAACCUAAUUUGUUUGAUAUUUGAGUUAAUUUAACUGUGAUCUCCAAUAGAACUUCUUUUCAAAACAUAACUUGGGUUUUCAGUCCUCUUUUAGGUUGAAAUGUUUGCCAGAAGAUAGUACUUGUCCCUGAAACAAUAGUCUACUGGUAAGACCCCAAGGCUUCAGCAGAGGCAGAUUGCAACAGAACUGUUUCCUUUGUACCUGCUUUAUUACUCCCUGACAGGGAGGGCUGAUGUGUUUCAUGCUGGGAUUAUCUGCCAGGUCUCAUCUGUUGUACGAGUUUCUAUUUUCCUAAGUAGUGGUGGCAGCUCUCCAACUGUGCUGAAGCACCAGAACCCACUGCUCCUUGACCAUACACAUUACCAGUUCACAUGGAUGUUAAUUUGUCGGAGGAAGGUUCAUUUAAAGGAGGCAAAAAAGAGCUGGCUCACAGUGGAUGCCUGCUUGAGAAUCAGUCCUGAGAUACACAGGAAAAGCAGGUUCACACACAGCUGAGAGAGGUAUAACUGAACUCCGCUGUGAAAGAAAGCAAUGCAGAGCAACAGCAAGAGGAAUGGAGUGAGUAUGGGUGAUAUUCUGCUCCCCUCCCAAGGUAAAGAAACAGAGCAAACAAGAGAAACAGAAUGGUUUGAAUAAAGACGACAAGAGAACAGAGAAAGAGAGGGGUGAGAUAAAAGCGGAGAGGGAAGAGUGUGUCCUCGACUCUCUGCCUCUAUUUUUGGUGGACCUAGUUUUGCUAAUCAUCCUUUACAUGUCAGUGUGAUCAAAUCCUUUCACUGUAUAUGUGGUCGGAUGCUUUGAUACCUGCUGUUAAAAACAAAACAAAACAAAACCCAACAACAAACAGGCUUUCUUACGAGCUGAAAACUAGCAUCUAAACAUGUUGGAGUGUUGGACUCGGGAAGAUUAAUGUGUGAUAGGUUAUCGACUUGUGUGUACAGCCAACAUGCAAGCAAUUGUAACAAUGUAGGCUGAUGAUGAUGAUGUUUGUGCACAGUACGUUUGCACAUGUGUGCUGAUAACAGUUAGUGCUUUUGGGUUUGGUCGUUUUGUGUGCACACCAUAAUGUGCGUGUUACUUUGUAGUAAAUGAGUAGCUGAAUGAAGGACACAGUGUGAAACUGUCAUGAUAAGACACCAUUUUCAGGACUGGCAUAGUCACACACAUAGAAACACACAAAUAUGUAAGUGGGGAUUGGGAAUUUGUGUUUCUGUAUCAGAGACAGUAAAAUAUUGACCCAGCGGAUUGUUUUUAGGUGUCAGGUCUGCACAGCUGGUAGAAACUGUCUUUUGUGCUCCUGUGGUUGAUAGGGUUCGCUCUGGCUUAAAGUGAAAAUAUAUUUUUAUCAACAGGCAUUGUUUCAAGUUGCUCCAAGUGUUAAUAUUAUCAGCAUUGUUGAUUCUGUGUAAAGAAAUAAUGUACCAAAAUAAACUACAGUACAAGCCCUAUUUAAGUCCCUAUAGUGAAAUACAUAGAGUAAAUUCACUACAUAAUAAUUCCUGCUGUCUUACAUUCAUUCAGAUAUUUUCUAAACAAAAAACCAUCUUUGCCAUAGCUCUAACCUUUUUGCUCCACGACUCAGUAGUCUCUGUUUUUCUGUUCUCUCCCUGUCUCUUCGCACGAGCACAUACUCACACACACACCAAACACACAAAUACAACCACACAAAAUCAUUCCUGUAUCUGUCCAGAGUGGGCGACAGCCUUAGAUUGACCUCUCCAGCUGGCACACAGUGUUCUAGCAUUGUCACUACAGCGUUGCAUUUGAGCUGCAUCACAGAUAAUCACCUCGGGUCCGCCCUCUAAAGCUUAGGCUGUCAGAAACACAAAAUACACCAGCUUUGUAACCACUAACACGGACAAUUGUCCGAAUUUUAUUGUGGUUUGAUUGAUAUUUUGACCACUUUUCCGACCUUUUGAUGAAGACACAUGAAAGCAAAAGAAAAACAAACAUCUUUUUGAUGAGGGGGGGGAUAUACAGGUUAGGUUUGAUGUGUAAAAGACCCAACUGUGUAUCGUUGUUGCAGUGUGAACAGGUCAUGCUUUGGCAAGAAUUUUGCUUUACUGAAAUGGUCCAGGUUGAAAGUGGGAAUUACUGUGUUAUUGAUACUUUGAGUCUAUUCAAUGGAUGCCUGAAUUACAGUGUGCACUAAGAUUACACACUAAUACACAUGCCUAACUAUUAUUUUUCUGUUUUCUUCUUUUAGACACAGACUGUUCAGGAAGCCCUACAACGAACUCUCCAAUACUACAAACAACAAGAGAUCAGGUACAAAUGAGUGUCUUGCUUGCUGGUUGUUUUCCUGACUCUUGUUCUCUUUUAUUGUUUUUCAACUCUUCCUUUUUUAAGUAUUUCUUUGGUCAUAUUCACCUCUUUGGCUUUUUUUUUUUUUACUUCUCUGUCUUUCCAAGGAUUAAAACUAACUUUCUUACUUGGUAGCACUAAACAUCUCAACACAAAAAGUUAGAUGCACCAGUAAAAAUGUAAGAACUGAAAAUUUAAGGGCUCCACACUACAGUAUACUGUAAACACAGUGUUACCUGCAGCCUAGGGCUGAGCGAUAUGGCCUCAAAUCAUUGUCAUGUUAUAUUGAGCAGUUCAUCUUGAUAACUAUAAAUGAACGAUAACUACUCCACAAGCUGCUCACCCCCUCCCACAUUAACUUCGUCUACUUCAGCCGCCACUCCAGCUGCUACAGCUUUUGAACCAUCCUCCGUCUCCUCACCUGUCUUUCCGUCUUUAUUACGAACUAAACGGGGUAGAGUCACAUCUCUGAUGUAGGGCAGUGUGUUAAACGGAAAUGAGACCAUAGCCUACCUACACACAUCCAAAACCAACUUUUAUUUAUGUGUUUUUUUGACACUGAAUAUACUGGCAUGGGCAAAAUGAUGUCGGUUAUUGUCAUAAAUUUCUGUAUCAGUAAAUUUUCUGUUUAUCGCCCAGCCCUACUGCAACCCCGGCCAUUUUGAUUGCAGAUCCAUUUGAAAUCUCUCUGCUGCUGGUGCGUCACAUUCACCAUAUCACUGUUGUCAUCACUGACCUCACUUUCAUUUUCUGUAACCAUAAGUUGCUCACAGGAGAAAUCCUACAUGUUCUUGCCAUCUUCAGCUCUCCUGAUUUUGCAGUAGUUGUUUUUUAUGUCGCGUGACAGUGAAGUGCAGUGAAAGGAUGUGAUUGGAGUAACCAAUUUAAAAUCAGCCUUAAAAAACAGUCAAGCUGAUGUUGGCCUGGUUACAAGCCCUGCUUUCUCUUCUCCAUGAAUACACACACACACAUGCCCAGUCUGUGAACCUUUCAGUGUUCGCUCUACCCCUUAUUUUCUCUUCCUGUGUGUUAUUUUUGUUCACUCAGACGACAUACCCACAGACAUUGACAUUUACUAUAUACAGCAGACAAGGUCCUACAGUUUUUUCUCACUCCAACUGUCCCUGCCUUUCAGUAAAAGAAAACUCAGACAAUUUCGCAAGGCUCUUCAUGUCCCUAAAUACACUUAUGGAUGCUGGAUUUUGGCCUCUUAUAUUUUGUAUUUUCCUUUGAUUAUUUUCAGUUUUUUUUUCCAUACUCCACUUUGUCUGUUUGUUCUAUAUAAAAUUAACUUUCCCCUGGUUUAUACCUGGCAUAAACAUCACACCUGGCACAGAUUAAUCUCUGCUGUGGAUAUGAUUUCUGAACGUCUCAUUAGGGAUGGGAUUGGGAACAAAAUUGCUCUGACUACUUUCAAUACCAGAAAAGCAAACUAACUUUAGAAUAAAUGAUAUUUGUCAUGAGUAGUAUGUAGCUUGUGACCGGUAGAUAUCUGGUACAAUCCCCAGACAAAAUGACUGUGUUUAACCAUUGCAGAGGUGGACUUGGACUCAUUUUCCUGUCGUUCUCUCCAAUUGUUGCAUUGGAUCUGCUCAGUGACCUACAGAUAUGAACCUACAAAAAGGAAUAUCAAACUGCCAAGCCCAACAUAUCUCACACAAAAACCUGUACGACUAGAUAUUAUCACCUUGUGUCUAUCCAUGCAGAGAGAGCUCACGUUUCUUUAAAAAAGCUUUUUUAGAAUCUUAGCGAUGAUCUUUCUAGAUUCUCAGUCCGUGUUAUUUGGAGCAACCCUCAGCACCAAAUGAGACCACAACCUUACAGAGAAUUCUGUAAAAUGUGAGUUUUGUUUGUGUCUUCAUAGGUGUCAAGAGAUUGCCAGCCAAGAGAGAAGGAGAGAAAAAAGAGAGGAUAAGUGCCCAUUUCUUGAAAACUCUGGCUCAGAAGAGGAUGUCUUACAAAUUCUUCAAUACAUGGCCACCAUUCUGGGUGAGUAUUUAAAGAACAGUACGGUAUGUGUGUAUUAUUGUGUGUUUAGUGUUGAUGUAUAGUCUUAUAGUUCUCACCCUGGUUUUCUGGCUCUUUUUUCCUGUUGGUGCUUCAGAUCGAUUUUACUGUACCAUGUUAUUUUUAUUGCAGGACACACACUGCUUCUCUCAUUUCCUCUCCAUAAAUGCUCUCCAGUGAUGUUUGAUGAAGUGUAUUUGUGUGUUUGAACACUUACAGAAUUGCAUAAGUUAUCCCCCAGAGCCAGGACCUGUUAAACAAAUUGUUGAAACUUUUAACUUUUAAUGAAAAAGGGAAAUACAGUAUCAUGGCCUAGGUGGUUUGCAUAAACUCAGACAGAAAUAUACAGCUAUUUACAAAUGCUUAAACACACACAAACAGUGCAUGACUCACUCUUGAGGCUCACAAAGUCUCCCAGGCCUAUCAUGAAAAAACACAGAAGCACAAGCACACACACAUGCACACACACAAAUAUAUAUAUACACACACGCAGACACACUGUCCCGGUGAGUCACGCUGUACAGCUUUGUCCUCCCUCUGUUCCAUCUAAGAUCUCUUUCUGCCUUUAUCUAUCUACAGUCCUUAACCUCCUUCUAGUUCUCUUUUUUUAUGUUCUGUCUUUCUGUGCAGAGUGUCCACUGCUCACUGCUAUUUUCCACCAGCGUUUCUGUCCAUUCCUCUUCAAAUCAGUUUUUGCCUUAGCUUCCAACACCAUCUUUCAAUAGCCACCUCUCCUUCCAUCUUAAUCUACCUCCCUCAGGUAGUCAUUGCACGAAUUAAAGUAGUCAUGAAGACAGCAAGUUAGGUCGGUAGCACAUACAGUACAUCAUUCUCGCUUACUUGUCUGCAUCCCCACACUUGCUGCAGUAUCCUGAGGUGUUCCCUGGCCAGAUGGGAUAUGUAAUCCCUGCAGCACGGUCUGGGUCUGCUCAGGGAUCUCCUUGUUAUUGGAUGUGUCUGAAAUACAUCCACAGAGAGACAUUCAGGAAACCUUACUGUCUUACUGUAGGCAUCUGUGCUCAAACUACAUCAGCUUUCUCCUUCUCGUUGAUUCAACAGUUGGAUCCCGAGGUCCUUCUUGAUAUCCAUUUGUCCUUAAAGGGAUAUUCUGGCGUAAAAUUUCAGUUUGCAGUAUUUACUUAAUGAGAUGUCUCUUUGAUCGUAUCAUGUGUAAUGUUUAAUUUUGUCAGGGCAGAUUUUUGUUUUCAUCCAUUUAUUGUGUAUCUGCAGUUGAGGUGUAAUAUGUAUCCAUAACACUUUGAAACCUGUUUUUAUCUUGAAAAGAGGUAAAUUCUGCAUCACUCACACAGAUGUUUUCUUCUUACUCUUUUCAGGAGUACCGUUCUGUGAGCUGCGGGAGCAUUUUGGAGAGGAGUUCUUUGGCCUUUGCUUUGAAGAAAAUGAGCGAGUUCUUAGAGCUGUAGGUGGCAACCUCCAAGACUUCUUUAAUGGCUUUGACGCCAUUUUGGAACACAUUCGCACCUCCACAGGGCGACGUGCCUCAUCUGAGAGCCCCUCCUUCCAGUGCAAGGAUCCCCAAGAGGAGGAGACAGGGAGAAGAAAACUGGACAAGCUUGGAGAGCGAGGAGACGGAAGAGGAAAGGUGUUGCUUCUUCAUUGUUUUAACCCGGCCCCUGUUGUUGGGCUGGUCAUGCCCGGGCUGAUCAGGGCUGUCGCCAGGCGGAUUUUUCAUUUAGAAGUUGAGGUGGAGGAAGUGCCACCUCUUACCCCCUUAUUACCUAAUGAAGACACAGGACAUGCAGAUGGUGACUCUGCAACUCCUACACCGACGGCAUCCCCCUCUGCCUCACCCUCCUCGUCCCCAUCCCCUCCCUCUCCUUUCCAAACUUCGGUCCCCACAAUUUGCUUAUCCUUCCAAAUCACAGAGACUUACCCUAUUCCCCCUUCUUCUUUUCCAAAUGCUGCCCCUGUGUGCACAAAACGGCCCCCACUUUCACUCUCCACCAACCCCAGUGAUCUGCGUAUUGGCCUGGCCACGUUUUGCCGUGCCUUUCCAUUUCACCUGGUUCUUGGGCCUCGCAUGGAGCUACUUCAGCUUGGAGAAGGAUUGAGAAAACAAACUCGCAUUGAGCCUCACCGGAGCCUCUCGUUCAGGGACUGUUUUGAGAUUGUCUCACCUAAGAUGGAGCCUUCGUUCCAGGGCAUCCUACUGAGACUUGCAUCCCCAUUUACCAUCCGUACCAGGCCUGAUACCACACAGGCAGGCACCAAAGAGAAGGUAAGGCUAUGAUAAACAGCAGAUGACAGUGCUUCUCAUAUUCUAAUUUCCACCACACAAUUAAGUUAUUGCAGAAAGAGUCACAGUUACAUAAAAUUAAACCCAGUCAGGAAUUUUAAGUAGGGUUGCUGGUAUGUUAUUAUUUUUUAAUCAGCAUCUCCCCAGGCAUGGCUUAAGUCUCUGCACCACCACGCCCCGCCACCACCAUCCCUGCUGUCUUAGCUUUGACUUUGACUGAGUUUAGUUUUUCUUUAUAUCAGAGGAGUUGUGCAACUGGAGUUGACUGUUCAGAACGAGUGUCCAGCUUUUCUGUUUGAAAUACUCACAGCUUGACCAAGAAGGCCACAACUUGAUUCAGUUAGUUUGCACUGAAUAGUGACACAUGGGUUCCUGUAGGAUGUAGAGGCUCAGUUUGGCACAACUAAGCAUAUAGAUUAUUUUUUAGGUUGUAAUCUGUCAAGGUAUGUUAGCAGUUUUAUUUCCUACAAUGUCCUACUACUUCUACUACUGAUAGCGAAUCUGUUUGUAUCAAUACUAUGUGCCUUAUCCAUAUCUAUUUUAAGUAUUUUGAAACAGUCCUAAAAAUGUGAUGUUGUUACAUUGGAGGUUUAAGGUUUGAAUUAGUUCCAAUGUGUCUGAAAAGAUCAGUCAAUCAGAGUUGUAUGCUUUAUCCAGUUCUUUAUUGAUUCGAUGGUCUCUGCAGGCUUUCAUUGUCCGGACAGAACACCCUGAUGCUAAACAGAACUGACAGAGAGGAGAUUGAUCAUUUCAGAGGGAUCAGUGUGUGUAUGUAUGGUUGUAUGGUAGAUGUGUGAGUUGGGCUUGUAUUAAACUACAUCAGUAACAGUAGUGCAAAAAUAACCAUGGCAAAUGAUGGGUACUAAGGUACUAAUGGACUAGAUGUACAAUUGUUGAUCCACUCUGAAUAAACUAGUUUCUCAAAGAUAUGAUAGUAUAAAGUGUAUAAAGUGCAUUUGUACCAGUAGAUCUUGGAGAAAGGAUGAGGUCUCAGCUGAACACAACAUUGCUCAUUUGCAGUUCCUGUUUGUGAGGGCAUGUUUUUGGUCCUGGUGGUCUGAUAUCCUGUGCCAGUUCACAGUGGUGCACAGCGGCAAAACGAUGUUUAUAUUUCACGUAUUUUUAGAGGGGAAGGACCUGUAUGAGCACCACAGAUCUUUGGCCAAAGGCAGAUGGCAGGGUUGAAACACCAUCAUGUCAUGUUUCCCUCUUUGCCUCAGCAGUAUUAGCUCUGGUUUUUGCUGAAGCACAGAAAUGGAACACACUUGCACUGCGGUCAGACAAGCUAGAAUACAUUCUUGUAGGAAAAAGGAGUUCAACCCAUUACUUUUUUUUCUGAUUGGUUAUUUUGCAGGAUAAAUGAUACUCUGUGCUCCUUUAUUUUAAUUCAAGUCAUGCCCAUGCAAAAGAGAAUGCUAUACACACUAAAUAUCCCGGCCUCAUCAUAUAUAUUUUCAGGAGCCACAUGCUCAACCAAACAGCCACUCUAUAGCCACAAAUAAUGCUCAGAACAGCACCUAACUUUGUCAACAGAACAUAUAGGGUCCCAGCCAUAGCACUAGCCACCAAACAUCUUUUUAGCUUUGCCUGAUUUCUUUCGCAAAGAGAAUAAACACAACUUACCCACUCUCUUCCAGCAGCUGCUUGUUUGUACAGAGACCUCGCGCGAGUUCAUCAAGACUGCAGCGGGGUGAUGCAGCUCAAGGAAGAACAUUUAUGAUCAUUUCUUCAUGGAAAUGCAAUCAGACUGAAUGAGAAUGAGAAUCAGACUGCCAAGGCAGAAGAACUACUGCAUCUGCAGUGCAAAAUGAUUAAUAUGAUGAUUAUUACUUCAAGGAAAUGAUAAAGUAAUGAGGUUUGUGUGUGGCUCCUGAGACCGCUGUGUAUUUCUAUCAUGUGGUCAUUACUAAAUAUGGUAUAACUAGAGAAGAAAGUGUGUUAUGGUGUGUUUGACCCUAACUCAAUGUAAAGGUAAUGAUUUUUUAAUUAUCUUAGGAAAUAAAACAAUACACAGUAAUGGCUUUUAUCCUUAUUUUGUAAGGAUUUGUUGCUUUUUAAUUCUUCAGACAUUUUGACCUCACUGUCAAAUGCCUUUGGCUCGAACUGUUCUACAAAAAAAAAAAGCAUUUUCAAUUUUUUAGUCUAAGUAUUUUUGUAUACAGGAGAGUGGAGGGCAACAGAAGUAUUGGACAGGAAGUUUGGUUUUCAGGCUCUGUGUGGACCCUGUACUUAUCUCUUUUUAUCUCUCGCAUUUAUGUAACAUGGCUUGUCAGAAUUUCAUGCUGGUGUCAGUGAGUCAUUGUAGCCUGCUCUACUUUGUUUUAUGUGUCAGUGAUCACAGCGAGCAAUGUUGCUCUUAAGUCUCAAACACUUCAGACGACAGAUUUGUGCUGCAGUAGGUGUUUUAUUUUCUUUAUUUGUCCAUAUGGAUCUUGUGUAACCUGGACGGAGACAUAGGGCAAAGAGAGAGAGAGAGAAAGAGAAGUACAGGACUGACAUUUUCACUAGAAAGGGCAGUGAGAGACGGCGACAGGCCAAGGUAAAGAGGACACAAAAGAGCACUGCAAAGUGUGUUGGUGGAUGUGUGUUUUAGUGGCCUGUCGUGGAUUUGCAGUUUCGUCCGUUUCUUCGCUCAGGGACAUUGGCUGUGCAUGAGAAAUCCAAAGACCCACUGAAAAGGUCACAUUGCCUCUGUGUGUGUGUGUGCUCAGAGUCAGCACCGUGGUCAGCGGGAAGAGGAAAGUACACAUGGUACACCAUCAACACUUCUCCCUUUCCAGAACUUGAUUGUGUUCAUCAUGUCCUCGUCAUAUGAAAGUGUCAAUUUUUAAAUUCAAAAUGAAUGGAAAAUCCAGUUUAUACAACUAAAGGCAUUUUGAUCAUGCUGUGUUUAGUGUUGAGUUGUUUGAACAAACCUACACUCGCUGAUUUAACUUCUUGAGCUCCACUGACCUGGCGGAGGUUGAUUGUUUGUGGGUCAGUAUUGUUGGCAGUUGUUUAUGGGAGCUGUGAGCAGAGUUGACCUGAGUUCAGAAAUCAGCAGACACUCAGCUUUUGCAUGUUUCAUUGGUUGCCAGACAAAAAUACACAAAGUUACGCCCCCACUCUUUGAGGUAUGUGAAAUUGGAUACUGACAUUUUCUUUCUGUGAAAAAACACAAUGAGACAUAAGUCAGAGGAUUCAUGAAUCACAACACCUACCUUCACUGUUGUGAUGCCAGUGUUGUAAACAUCUAAAAGUUUCCAAAUUCUUUGGGUCAUAGUGUCAAAAAUGUGGUUAGGAUUAGUCAGCGCUUCUUCAUAGUCAUAAAAAGCCUAAAAGUUGUCAGUAUGUGCAAAUGUUUUAGGAAAAAUGGGGAUAGGAGCCUUAGCCCAGCAGCUGUUGACAAAAUGGCAUGAGUACUAAGAUAUAAAUGCGAGGCUUUUGAAUAAUAAUGAUAAUAAUAAUAAUGCAUUUAAUUUAGAGGUACCUUUCAGGACACUCAAGGUCACCUUACAGAACAAUUAAACAAACGAUUAAAAUACACAUGAACACAUAAAAAAUAAAGUUUUAAAUCUGAACUCUCACACUUUUACUCUGAGCAGUUUUCUCUUGAAGAGGACUAGGGAACCAAGAUAUUAAUUUCUACAAUGCCAUACUGGUGGAACAACCUCUACUGUAGUGUAUUUGAGGGCGCUGCUGAAUAAGGUUUGUUUGUGUGUACAUGUGUGCACCUGUGGUUCUGAGUACAAAGAGAAUCUUGACAUUAGCACCACCUUUGAUCCGUUUCUAGAUAAAUCACUGCUGCGCUGGUUUGUUUGUUCAGUCGAAAAGGGCUUUGAAAAUCACUGCCCUCGGUGGGUAUAUGUCUGUGUAGUCAUGAUUAAUUUACAAAACAAAAAGGAUAAAAAGACUAGUAAGAUUGAAAACAUUGUAAAUAACGGGCAUGAUAAAGCUAUUUUAAGUCUUGUUUUUGGUACAAUCACGAAAUGGGGGAAAUCUGAACCUCGUUUGGUGCUUUUAUAAAAUGGACAUGUGUCUAUAUGUCCUUUAAUUAAGCAUUAACUUCAAGCAAUAGAAUUAGCUAACCAAGAAUAAUGUGAUCUUGUGAAUUGAGAUGCGUCUUAUCUGUCGAACAGUGCCUGAUUUCCCUCUAGGUAUUUAUCAUCAAUGUGGUGAUGCAAUGUUUAUCUUGUCUCUGUGCAUGAGUGUUCUAGUGUGUAUGUUUGUAGUGUGUACAUAUCUAACUGUAAAAUUGGUAUGUAAGAGUGCUGAGCAGUAUAAAGGGUCUUACAGGAGCAGAAUAUGGCAACAUUGUUUAAGUAAGUGUUUGUGUGUCUGUAAGAGGGAGAGAUGAGAGAGGCUGACUCAUUGACUCCUUGCUGCACAGUGCUUGUUCAUGCAAAUGAGAGUCUGUUGACAUGCCAGAGUCUGCUCACAAAAGACAGUCCAUUAGCUGUUCACCUCAUGCUAUCCUUCUCUCAUCUCUCUCUCUCUUUCUUGUUCCUUGUUACUAUUUUUUAUGUCCAACAGUCUCAACCGACCCUCUCUCCCUUCUCCUCCCCUCUCUUCCUGCCCCGAUCUCUACCUUUGGCUCUCGCUUCUGUUACUUUUCUCUUUUCUCCACCCUGCUCUCAUUUUUUUUUUGCCUUUAGCUGUGUAUUACCUAUGGUGAUAACCUGCUGAAACAGCAUAUUUUGUUAAUCCAGAUUUUUUUUAAAAUGGGAAAAUCACACUGUAUGAGCUGCUCAGGCCUUGCUAUCAUUGACAAAAUAGCAAAUAACAAUACAAAGAAAUUGGAAGACAGUCCUCAAUAGUUAAUUGAUAGAUUUGUUCCAUGUAUCAGUGGAUACGUGUCUUUAGAGAAAAUUUAUGUUCAGAAACAGAUUAUAUACAGUAUAUAUCGAGCAAAUUUGCAGAGCAAAGAAAUUAAAAAAGCCCCUUUUUUUUUCCCAAGAAGUACAUAUAAAAUUGCACAGUGAGAUACAUUUUUGAUCUUUCUGACCAGUUUUCUUAACCCUUUAAUGGUUUUUGUAUCAUAUUUGAUACAUACUUUUAUAUACUUCUAUCAAAUCAAUAUAAUUAACAAAUUGCUAAAAAAAACACCUGAAUACAGUCCAAUGAAUGUCAAUGUCAAUGUCACGUUUAUUUAUAUAGCACCUUUAUAGGACAGGCCAGACAAAGUGCUUUACAGGAGAAAAAGAAAAGCAUAAAAUAAUAAUGAAUGAUAAAAAUGUACUCUUGUAGUUUAGCAAUUUCCAAAAAUAUCUAAUGUACCAAAUGAGGUAAAUAAAUACAUUUGUUAAAUUUUAAGGACAUUUAGAUUUUUUUGGUUUUCAGUAGUAAGUGAAAUAAACAUUUCAGCUACAAUAAAAUGUGAAUUUUCUGGCCAUAAUUUGUGGUGUCAGACAUCAAAGGGCUCGAGAAUGUUAUCAGUAUAAAGCUGCUUUGAUUAAGUGUAACUUUUCUUGUGGUGGCCUUGAAAAACAGAUUCAGUGUAAAUGUAUCAGCAUGCUACAAAGAAGAAUCACCACACACUAGCCUCGUCUCACAGUUUAGUGUAUUUUUUUAUUUAUUGAGUUUCAUAGGAAGAUCCAUUUUACUCUACUCUCCACCUCCUUCAAAUUUAAUUAUGCCUUCUUAUUGUACCUUUGCUAUCCUUUGGACAAUUGUUACUGUUCUUCCGGUUUCUUCUACUGCAUUUUUUCGUCCUCCUUUUCAACCCAUCAAGCCUGUUCUAAAUGAUUAGCAGCUCUCAUUAUUUCCCCCAAUCCUCUUUAAUUCAGCUUCCUAUAACACCUUCCUUGUCUCCCACCUUCUUUCUGAUGCCAUCUUUCCUAACCACCUCAGUAUGUUGCUUUUGCCUUUUCUUCCUCGUUCUUUCACUCACCUCCUCUGCCUCUGCGUUGUGAUGACAGAGACGCAGGCAGCAGGAGGAGAGACUGCUGAGUUGAACAGCGACACACACAAGUAGGCCAGCACAACUGCCUCUGGGGAUGUGGGCUUGUGUGAGUGUGUGACUAUUAGUGUUUGUACGUGUGCAUCAGUGUGUGUGUCUGUGACAGAGUAGGACAGCAGAUGUGAGUGACUGAGGAACAAAGGCAGACUCUGAGGGCAAGGUGGUGAGACACUAUAAUUAUACCUACUGUACAUGGAUAAAAUGCCACCUUAACUGUUUGUGUUUUAAAGGUUUACCUUUUUAGACACUAUCCAGAUUGCUUGUGAAGUUAAAACAGAAAUAUUUUUAAUGGGAGUGGUACAUUUCAAAGGGAAAAACCAUCAUUGGGCUUUGAUAAAUGGUCAUGUGAUAAAUUGUUUAAAUCUGUGGAAGUCUCAUUUUGUUCUCACAUGUUUUACCCUUCACUCAGUACACACAUCACAUCAGGAACAGCCUACUGAUAGCAAUUUGGAAUCGAUCUUUUAUGAGCCCCAUGUCCUCCAAAACUGAGCCUCUUUAUUUUUCUUUUUUCUGAUUAUAUAUAUCAGAAGGGUGGCUUUAAGUCUUAAAGGCAUGCCAGAAAAAGAUAAAACAGGAUGAAUUAUUGUUGAAAUGAUUUUGAAGCACAACUCCUUUUUAUUGUAACAAGGUCACUUACAAAUCAUAGUAAUCAUUUUGCAAUACAUGGCUCCAAAUCAUGAUGAACCCAGAGAUUAUUUUUUAUUUAAUUAUGACCUGCAGACGUUCACUGAUUAAGUUUUUACCAAUAUAUACUCUUCUUGUUUGUCUGCUCGGACACUUCACCACAAACAUUAUACCUUCAUGUCUAAAUCAUACUGUAUCCCAAGCAUUUCUAAAUAUGUAGAAUUUUCACACCUUAUCAGAUAUACACCAUGAAUACAUGUAACUAAUACAUGAUUUUAGAUAUAAUGUCAAUUAUGAUAAUAUAAUAAGGGAUGAUUGAUUUCCCCAAGCCACUGGUUUGCUUGUUGUUUAAACUGAAAUUUAAAUCCUGACUAAAGGUAACAAAGCACUGGAUCACAGAUAAAUGAAAUUGGUUCAGUUGUUGGCUAUGUGGCUUAUGUUUACAGGAUUAGAUGAGCCGUUUCUCCCUGCAAGUAUCAUCCACAUCAUGCCUGUACCAGUUUAAACAGACACAAUCUACUGUAUACAGUACUGUAUAUCCAUUUCAUAUUUUGUGGGUGAAAAACUAGUGAAUUGUGCAAAACCACGAAGCCAUGCAGUUGUUCAUAUCUACGUUGUAUAGCAUUUUUGCAUUGUGUCUGUAGACGUUUUCCAGAGCCAAGACCCAACCUUGACAACAUGUGACCAGCAUUUCUAGCCUACAAUAGGGGAAAUAUAAUUAUACUGGGAUAUAGUGUUCAGUAUCAUAUUUUACAUAAUGUGAGCAAGUGAAUAUUAUAGUGAAUGCAUUCACUUCAUUAUCUCAUUCCUGUAUGACUGCCAUACUGCUGCAGUAUGUAGCAGCCCAUACAGAUGUUAGACCUACAGCAACUGUGAGUUUAGUGUAAUGUAAGCUGAAAAUGAGUGUGUCUGUGUGUCGUUGUAUGAGUGCUCUGGGUCAUACCAAGUUAUGUUUCAGGGAAAUGUGCCUUAAACUUGGACCCUGAGGAUUGUGGGCUGCAUAUGUGCAUUGUGUGUUGAAUGAGACUUGCUAUUUUUUGUUAGUGUUCCUGAGAAACAUACAGACAUACAAUGUGUGUCGUCUUGUUCAAUAUAUUCUGUACCGUGUGUGUGCGCGUGUGUGUGUGUGUGUGUGGACUGUAUGUAUUAUGCAGACCUAGGAGAGCCUUGUGCUAUAAAUAAAACAGGGCUGCAAUGUGCUCACUGGCGGAAUAAUCUAUCUGACACUAUGGAGGGGGGAAGGGGGGGGGGGCGUAUUGCAAGAGACAGAAUGAAGAGCAUAGAGAGAAAGAGAGGCAGGGUUAAAAGACCAAUAAAGAUGGAGAGAGAGUAGAAAAAGAAACUAAAGAAGAGAUAAGGCGGCGCUGAGCAGGAGGGAGAGAAAUCAUGUUGAGGAAGAUGAAGAAGAUUUGCUUAUCCACAGGGCCUCCAGCAGAGGUAGUUAGCCUUGUAAAAUUGUCAAGACUCCUAUUCAGGGCAGUAAUGCUCUUCUUCAACAACUUAGAGGUUUAUCAGCAAUCCAUGGAGCAAUCUUUUUUCUCUAUGACUGCAACAGGCUGCCAGUAUUGUUUGCAUUCCUCACACCUGUUUGAAAGACACUCAGCAGGUGCUACAUGUACACUUGUCAUCAUUUGCACAUAUGAAAAGGUCAGUGUAACCAGUUUUAAUCAGACUUCACAAAUAACGCUGGCCUGAACACCCAAGUUGUUUGUAGGUUUAACUUUGGUGACAAAACCUCUCUUACUCAUUUAAUUGUGUUGUUGUUUCCUUCAUUGUUUGUGUUGUACCCACUCAAAUGCAAAAUCUUCAAUGACAUUGCAUAUGCAUGAUCAUAACUCUCAAUUUGCUGCCUAAGGACACUUGGACUCACUGUAAGACUCAAACCAGUGACAUUUUGAUGAUGACAGGAUUGUGUCCUUAACACCUAAGUCGUCAGUUUACCCAGUUUUUUAUGUAGGUCAGCAUGCAUUAUAUAUCAGAUUCUUUAACACAAUUUUCAAAGAGGUUAUUAAAUCAUAUAAGUCUGUGUUGUUGUUGUUAUUAUAGACAGGAUUGAACUACACAGCGUGCAUGUGUACAUUUCAUACGUAUGUGGACAUAUUUCUAAGUGAUUGUUUUUGUGAAGGCAUGUAAGCACUGACAGGCUUUUUUCUCUGCUUUUAAGUAAAAGUCAUAUAUAGGCAUAAAGAGAUACGAUAUUAGACCCACUGUAAAUACAGAAAAAUGUCUUUUUAUGGAUAACUGUGGCUCGUCUCUUUCAUUUCUCACCCACUAAUACAUUAUUAAUCCCAAGAUGAUACAUUGCGAUAUUAGUAUAUCCUUUUUAGAAUAAAUAUGAAACAAAGAAGCUUUCCUCCUGAACUGUGCAGGACAAAGAGUUAGAUUCUUCUUGUAAUGUAGAGAAAAUAAAUAGAAAAACAAAUACUGAAUCGCUAGAAGAUAAUAUAUCACUUGAACAGGAUAUCCAUUAUCAAAAAGAAGCACCUGACUGAACCCAGAUAAACUUGAAUCUACCUUGAGCAUCAGUCCAAGUUUGACAGUGUUCUUUGUAGAAAUGCAAAUCAUUCUGAGAUUUUUCUGAACAUUCACAGUAGAUAUGGUGGUGCAUUGAUUGUUUAUUUAUGAUAGAAUCAAAUGUGUCUGGUUUUAUGUCUAUUUCAUGAAUGAACAGACUAGUAAGGGAGGGACUUAGUGUGGUUUACAAUGAUAAAAAUGUGUGUAUAUGUUGUUAUUUGACUCAGUGUAUUUCUUCAUGAAAUAUGAAUUUUCUUGUUUUUUUCCCCCAUUAUCUGGAAUGUAAGUAAUUCCAUUAAAAAAGUCAUGGAAAAUAGCUUGACACUGAAAUGUAUCCUUUCUGUCCUGUUUAACCCUCUCUCUGCCAGGUCAUGGAGUUAAAAGGUCAGAUGAUCCAUGUGCCUGAGUCAUGCUCCCUUAUGUUUUUGGGCUCCCCACGUGUUGAUAAGCUAGAGGAACUGAUGGGCAGGGGCCUCCAUUUGUCAGAUAUUCCCAUCCAUGAUGCCACGCGGGAUGUCAUCCUGGUGGGAGAGCAGGCCAAGGCCCAAGAUGGUCUAAAGAAGAGAAUGGACAAACUCAAGGUAGGAUGUUUGCAAAUUAUUUUGAAACUAUUGAUAUUUACAAAGCAAGAAAAUUGUACCCAGUACCCACAUUUUUGCUGUUUUGACAAGUAGUGAUACCUGUUUAAAUGUAUACUGGCCACUCCCAGGAUUUACUUUUAUAGUUCACUUUCAGAGGUCCUUCAAACAUGCCCCCAAGCCUUGAUUAUAGCCAUUUGAAUCUCUAUUAUAUCUUGGUGACUUGCUUGUCAGUAAGAUAUAACUAUGGUAGAGCACUGCAUCUGACGUAUUUGAAAUUGGGAAGCUCCCCCACGGACAUAAAUAAGCAAAUGCAAUUAUACACGCCCCGAAAUAAAUCAAAUUAAUACGUGAAUACAUUUAUACACACCAGCAGUUUUAAUUUGGUGCAGCACUCCCACUUCACAGCUCCAUUGUCAUUCAUGUAUUAAUCAGAGCAAAGCACAUGGAACAAACCCUGUUAAUCUUCCUCUCUUCUCUCCUCUUCCAGGCCACUCUAGAGCGGACUCACCAGGCUCUGGAGGAGGAAAAGAGGAGAACUGUGGAUCUUCUUUAUUCCAUCUUUCCUGGGGAUGUGGCUCAGAAACUGUGGCAGGGUCAACCUGUGCCGGCUCGCAAAUUCGAUGAUGUCACCAUGCUGUUCUCGGACAUCGUGGGCUUCACUGCUGUAUGUGCCCAGUGCACGCCCAUGCAGGUCAUCUCUAUGCUGAACGAGCUUUACACACGCUUCGACUACCAGUGUGGCAUCCUGGAUGUUUAUAAGGUCAGUUGAUGGACAGAUUAACCCAUUUUCUUUAUGUCAUAUCAGUAUACCAAUUGAGACAAGAUAAUAAAUAAAAUAAUAAAAAAGUAGAAUGAAAAAAAAGGGGUUUCUAGACUGGAGAAUAACAAGAUAUAACAGUUUGAGGUCAUCAGAAGGGCAGAGCACCACAUUGGUGAAAAAGAUCAUUGGUUUUAUUGCUUUAUGAGCCCAAUGAGGUCAUUAUUAAGGAUAAAUUAAUGAUAUUAUUUGUUCUUGUAAGAAGUUUGGGGAUCAUUAGGUGUUAAUAGUUGUGUGAGAUCAGCUUUAGGGUGUGUGCUGGAUACACUUGCUUGUCUGCACUGUCGUUUGUGUCGGCGCUUGUGGAAAAAGUAACUGAUUAAUGACCAGUCUCUGGGAGCUUACCAGAGAUGUGUCAAUAUUGUCCAUGUGACAGUGGGUCUCUAGGCCUAUUUACUUUCAUUCCUUCCCUUUGCUGUUGUUCCCUCAUUGUUACUCUCUAUUAUAAAAUCUGUAUUUUUAUGGAUUCUACUCUUUACUCUUUUGCAUCACUUCAUCCUCACCACUAUCAUCAAAUUCCGUCUCCAUCCAGUUAUCUUUAUCCCCUUUGUAAAUGAAAUAUACCUUCCAUUUUCCUCAAAAACAUGCCUUUUACUUUGUGUUAUCUCUCAGAUCUGUCAUGUAGCACAUCUGUUGGAAAAGGAGAAGAGAAACAUAAAGACGGAUAGAGGGAUUAGAAAUAUGUAAGAGGCUUCAUGUACAGCUGUUGAAGAGUAAGUGUUUGUAUAGAAAAGAAAGCAGGAACAGGAAGGACAUGCUGAGGAGAUUGAAGCACCCAUAUGUUGCGAUCGUCAUGGUUACUGUGGAAAUCAUUUAGCCUGUGGCAGGCCUAAAUGAGAGCAGUUUGUCUCCUAUUUUCCUCCUCUCUUCUCCUCCUUUCCCACUUUCUUCUCUAUUCUUUUUAACGACUGAGUCCAUUCCAGCUAUAAAAAUGGUAGCACCUAUCUGACAGUGGCGCUGUUUUGUUGCUUUGUCCACAUGUGCUCAUGUGAAAUUUCCUUAAAGAAAAUUUCAACCAAAGGGGAGAACCACUGGCCUAGCUUUGUAAUUUUUGAAAGAGCUGAUUAUUGGCACAUAUUCUACUCCAGCUCUUACAAAAUAAUACUUAUUAGGAUAAAACCUGGUAUUAUGGUCAAAUUUUUGUCUUAAAUAAAAAAAAAAAUAGAAAAAGAUUAAAUACAUUUCACAGGAAUUCUGUAUUCAGUAGAGGUGUGGCACUUUUAGUUUUGUGCAGAUACUUACCAAACAACCUUGGCACAGAUCUAAAGCCAAUUCAGGUCCAAGGUUUCCAAACGGAGCCAUCUUGUUGGCUUUUAAAAUGUUGGUUUCAAUACAUUGACUUUCUCAGCAAAUCCCCUCAGAACAUACUGAGUUUGAAUAGCUACUUUUACCUGCGUUCAGUUUCAUGAUGUGAACACAACCAGUAUAAUGUUACAAAAAUAUGUUGUUAGGUUUGGUUUUUGGCUUAUUUUCAUUACAAUAAGGAAAAUAAGUGCAAUGCAUUUUUUUUUCCAGUAAUAGGAACCUGAAGAACUUUUAACAUGCUGUGUAAGUGCAGCUCUGCCAUUUCAGGCUCUAAGCCUGCUCAGAUUCUUUUUUUAUAUUAUUCUAAAUGAUAAAUAAAAACAACAACAACAACAUAUAGAAUCAUGUUGCAGGGCUUAACAUUGACCUUAAUUUGCCACUGGCCCUUUGAGUCAGUAGCUUUUCAAAAUCACUAGCUUUGCUGGUCCAGGACCAAUCAAGAAUUAUUUUUAGGAUUUAGAAAAGACUACAUUUUAGCAGCAUCAUAUUCCAGCCAACUCCAGCAGUCUGACACUUCCUCCCCUUCUGCUCUGAUCCUCUCUGUUGCUCUCCAGGUGAUCUUGUUUUCUUUAUGUGUUGCCUCUUGACCGACUUAAAACCAGGAACCAGUGGUUUUAGAGACAUACUAUCUUGAGAGAAAACCCAUGCUACAGUAGGUAUCUCAGUUUACACUUGAGUGCACUGAGAACACUUGCAGAAAUGACAGCGCUGAAGCUGGCGGCUUUCGACUCUGACGCAUGCGCUCAGGUACUUAUGAAACAUUCAUGCUGUAACAGUCAUCAACAAGAUGACAGGAAUCAUUGACAAGACCAGUAUCACAGGUUACACUGUGAGAGUAUGUGACAUGAUCUCAUUGCGAUAUGAUCUCUUUGGUUCAGACAGCAAUUCAGGCCAGUGAAACAUGUAAUCAGCUGGCCUGGAGUCUGCCAAUCAUGGAUCUGGGCCAGUGGGCCUGUUAUAAUGUUGAGCCCCAGUGUAGGGUCUGAAAUCAACACAACUCCAAAUGCAGGCAGAGUGUCCUGUUUGACAAAUCACUGUCAGAGGUUUAUUGGCUACAUAUCAGGCAAAUAUUCAUAAUGAAGUAGUUACCUAACUGAUAGAUAACUGUGCUAAAUUAUCACCAACAUUUUGUGUUCGUAUUAAGGUCCCUACACUCUGGGACCGACGCAAAUAUACAACGCGAAAUUACGAAAUAUUCGGGGGCGAAUUUUGACGCGCCUGACUAUACACAUCAAGCCAGAUGCGAUUUUGCGACUUUCCGGGGGGAAAAAAGACACGUCCCGGGUGGAAGUGAGAAGACUGACACAACAGCAGACUGACUGUUUUCAGUUCUGAUUAGACACUAGUGUUGAGAUGACUGUCUGUUAUGAUAGCAUGGACUGAGUCGGGGCCAGUACCAGAUAAGCACAUUAAACUAUAAUCCAUAAACGUAAGGUAACAACCGAGACCUAAUGGUGCUGUGACAGCAACGCAAUUGAGUUUGAGACAGUGAAAAUACAUAUGGUAUGUUGUAUCUGAACAGGUUAGCUUACGAGCUAAAGUUACUUAGCACAGAUGAAAGUUAAAACAAAGACGUUUAGCAAACUGUUAAAGCACACAAACCAUCGUCAUAUGAGAAUUCUGACGCUCUGACUCUCCACAAGUUGUCCUUUAGGUCGUUAUCUUUGUAAUAUUUGUUUUUUUUAUCAAGAGGCACUCUGUUCUCCGACACAUAAAUAAACAGCCAGUCGGCCAUGUUGGAUAUACCGGUGAAUUGGAUGUCGCAACAACACGGCAGCUGAUUGGUCAGAAGUGGACACACAGUAUGUGAAACUUAAAAAAAUUCAACCGUAAUACGAAAAAAUAAAUGCCGCAGGACGGGAAAACAUCGCUGAUGUGAACACUUGUAUUGACAGGAUACGGGUUCGAAAAAAAAUACUGACGUCCGAAAUAAUCACACGAAAAAGACGCUCCCGGUGUGAAAGGACCUUUAAGCUGACAAACAGAAAGAUAUUCACACAAACACACACAUACACCAUGCGCUACUGUUUGCUGCACUGAAUUUUUGCUGCUCUCCUAAAACCAGGUUAGCAGGAUCAAAACUUUAUAACAGGGUCAGUAACUGAGGGUCUAUUUAAGUUUUGUUUUUAUGAACCUGCAAGAACCUUUUUUUCAGGAGAGCUGGUGCGAUCUACACUUACUGAGUGCACGACCCGCUUCACUGGGUCCCUCCUGCUCCUCAUCUACACACACACAGAUACACGGCGAUGUUCACAGUGCACUUUGUGGUGGUUUUACAGAUGGUUGAACAAAUUGGAUGUUGUUAUCCAGUGUAGACACAGAUUUCUUGAACUCCUCUAACAUUAUCUUUUCUUGCCUUACAUCACUUGCUCUAAACCACUGAAAUAAUCUGUGAUGAGACAUUUUAAAGACCAGCCUUUUUCUGUCUAUUCCAGAUUUUGUUUUUCAUGAACAUUUUUUGUUGUUUAUUCUUCCUCCCCUCCAUGACACAACAUGUCACCUCCCCCUAAAGUGAAACCACUUCCUCUCAAUCAUCCCCUUUGGGAGUGGCUGUUAAUUUAGGGAGCUCUUGUUUUGACAUGCAGCAGAGUUUUUUUUUCCUAAGCAGAACAUAGAUCUUAAAUGCCAGAAUCACUUUCAUGCAUGAUUUUUAAGCGUGGGAAGGUCAAAAUUUGUAUUGCAAUCAAUAUGAGAUUUAUUGUGCGAACAUAGUUUCUUGUUGACUUUACAGAAAAGCCACUGAUAAGAGUCAGUAUAUCACCAGUAUAUCAAAGCUUGAGGCUGCCCUGUUGUCAAAAUACUUUAUUGUCUGGAUUUGUUGAUAAUCGGUUUAUUAAAAAUUCUUUCUGCCUCUUUCUGCUGUGUCUUUGGGCUGCAUAAUAAAUAGUAAUUUUAUUGUUAUUGCUGUUCAUUCAUGUACAAUUCCCACAAUGCAAAGCCAAAAGUAAUUUGAACAGAAACAAAGAUGAGUUUUGUGUGAACAAGCAAUGCUUUUUCACUCAGAUUAUACCAUUUGGGUGGGAGUCUGGUUAUCAUGCUUUCACAGUUUUUGAGACUGUCACAUGAGGCUUCAAUCAGCUAUCUGCUUGUUUCAUAUUAACCUGUGCAAAUUUUGUUGUGUAAUAGUAAACGCUCUCAGGAUUUGUUUCAGAUUCAGAUUAAUCAUGUUGCAUACACUGUGUUUUUAACACGCUGAGAGACAUAAAUCCUGUGGACCUGAUUCAUGAAAGAAUUGUGUGGCUUCUGCACCUGUUAAAACCAUGCAAAUGUGCCAAAAAGAUAAUGUCUGAUUCACAAAGCAUGCACAAAAGGUUCAAUUUUCUACAGAUGGUACUUCUGAUCAAUUAGUAUCUCUAUGUGGCAUAUUUGUUUGUUUACAUUUGAAUAAGACAUUAUACAGGAAUGCCCCUUUCUGUGCAAAUGAACCUCAUUCACAAACAUGGAUGCUAAGUUGGUGAAAUUUUUACCAUCUGCUGAAAUGGAUGGUAAAUUUACUGAAGUACUUGAAAGCGUUGUGAUGACAAAACUCUUCAGUGAUCAGGACAACAGACCCACUGCCAGAUGACUUUGACAUAUAUGAGUGUAUUAUGACUGAUGAUAUUAUUUAGACAUUUAUUUUUAUAGAAACACAGGGUUAAAAUCAGUCUGGGGCUGUCGGCAGCUCAGCCCCCCACUCACAGGCUGUGCCAUCACACACAGAACAGUUGUUUCUUAUCUGAACAAGCAGCUUUUUACUCAGAAGUAAGCUGUUAAUACUCUUUGAAAUUUGUGUCACAUUUGUCAUGACUCCACUCCACAUCACACUCUCCUUUCAGCGUAUUGUAUAUGAGGACAGAAUUUAGCCCCAUGCGGUUGAGAGAUCAUUGCAAAGCUCUGUGCAGCAGAGAGAGGAGAUGCUGACGGCUCAUCAGUUAUCACAAUCAAAUGCAAAACUGGAGAAAACUGCUUGGAGCUACAGAAGUUUAUGGAUGGGAACAUUUUUUUCUCAAUUUUCUUCGUAAAUUAGAUCUUGAGAGGGAGCAGAUCACAGGGGAAAAUGAUGCACAAUUAAUGGUGCUAUUAGGAGCUGCAAUCCAUUCUUAAUGAAUCACCCCCUGUGAUUAUCAGAGCAAUGUGUAAUUUUCAAUAUUACUUUUAUAUUAUUACCACAAUAUUGACCAAUUUAAUUGCACAACACAUACUUCUUUUCAAAUCAUGCAGGCCUAACGUAAAAAUCCUACAGCAAAACUUUAUGUAUAGUGUUGUUCUUGUUUCUUUACAAAUUAACCAACAUAAAUCAUGCCUCCCCUAAUUAUUGUCAAGUUUUACCCACUAUGAAGAAACAGUAAUGCAGAUGAAAUGGAUAUGUACAGAUAUGCAAACGUUUGUUUUUCCAUGCUUGUCAAACAGGGUCGUAAGCAGAGCAAGCUGCCAUAAGACACGCUAUCCAGACUUUCUUGAAGUGUUUGAAACCCUUAUUGCAAAUGAUGUAGGCCAAGAGAGAGAAACACAGGGCUACUGUAGUUCUUAUAUGACAAGGAGUGCUCUUUAUUUUCUACUACUCAGUGCAGCUGGUAUGAGUUAUUGAAUGGCUACUUAGUUUCACACAUCAAAAUGUACUCACACUUAUUCAUUUCAAUUUCUGCACCUCCUCUGUUUCUCAAACAGAUCGAGACAAUAGGUGAUGCAUACUGUGUAGCGGGAGGACUUCACAAGAAGGUUGACAGUCAUGCCAGGCCAAUUGCUCACAUGGCUCUGAAGAUGAUGGAACUUUCUGAAGAAGUGCUAACACCUGAUGGGAGACCUAUAAAGGUGAGUUAUUAUUCACAUCCAUGUUAUUUUUCCUUUUUUUUAAAUUUUCCCUUGUGCCUGAAAUGAAUAUGGUCCAUUCUCCAUUUCAAAUGUUCACGUUUCCUUUUUUGUUUGUUUUUUAAUUUCAAUUUUUCCAAAUGGCAUGAUGUUUUUGUGUGUUUGACUAUCUAAUGUUUAGUUGUCUAAAAAGUGUGACUAUCAUCUCAUUGGUUUCAUACCAUCUUACCAGUGAACUGCAGGUAAAAAUCCUCUAGUUGUCCAACAGCAUUUGUUUUUCUCAAGGGGGUUGGUCAGCUUUAAAAGAAAAAUAAGUAAGUUUGUAGUUUAAUGGAGAUAAAAGAAGAAGGCCCAACUUGGGAAAACAGGUGUAAACCCCUAACCUUAAGGUAAUAGAACAGAAGAAUAAAGAAACAGAAUAUAAUUUAUAUUUAUAUAAUUUAUAUCUUUUUUUAGUUCAGUCUCUGUCAAGGUCAGCUGUCAUUGAAUUGUCUUUGCAGCAUUUAUGGCAAGCCUCCUUACCUGCAAAUACUUGUUCUGUGUUGUUUUUUAUGUUUCAGUGUAACAAGACAAUAAUUCCUGCAUUAAGAUCCAGGUUUUGAUCAGAGUUACUGCUGUUGUCAUGUGUUGUUAUUCUUCUGUACUCAGAAACAUUAUUGGAAAAGGCGGGUAUUUUGUGCCUGUAAUGAACAACUGUCAUGAAAUUAAAAAAGAUGUUUGUGACAAACUCAGUGCUGCGUAUGUAGUCCAGGGAAAGACUGUAUAUUUCUAAGCUUUUUUUUGUAGACUGUAAACAUAAACCUGGCCUGGGGCUGAGUGCAACUCUCAUAAAGGCCAAAUCAGAUAGGCAUCUAGAUAUGAUUUUGGACUUUUUACAAGUUUGACGACAAAAACCACUGAAAGAACAAUGAACUCAGAACUCAGGUUGAAAGGAUUGAAACUAUUGUUUUUCUUUUUGAAGACUUCACAGAGUUUUUUAUUCAUCAACAAAAGUAACAGAAGCAAAGUAAAUAUGUAAUGAGAUGCGUAUUGAGGUAUCUGCUAAAUAACAGACAGGACAGUGUUCUCUGUAUUGCUCUGCUCCUAACAUUGUCCAUUUGUCUUAGAAUAGAAAGGCCUUGUCAGGCAUUUUUGGCCUGUUCCCUUGCUCUUUCACUUUCUCUCUCUCUCACUCUGUCAUCCCAAUUCCCUUAUUUACCCCCCACCCCAACCCCUUCUGUCACUCUCCCCUCUGCAGCCUCUCUUGAACCCACCCCUUUCAUUUUCCUCUUCUUAUUUGCUCAUCCUCUCACUUUUUAUUCUCGUUCUCUUUUUUGUAUUUUUCUCUCUUUUAUGCUCUCCUCUUUCUUAUCCCUCCUCACUUCAUGUCCAUAUAAAAGAGAGUUAUAGAGGUAUUCAACACUUCAACAUGAUAAAUGCUGCUCACUGAGUGCACUCAACUCCAGCCAAUGUUGCACUGUUAUGCAAACUAGCAUGAGAGCUGUGAGAGGACUGAGAGAAAAUGUUCUGUGAGAGAGCGAUGGAGUGAUCUGGGGACACAGAGAAAAAUAUACAGCAGUGUGAGGUGUCAAGAGACAAACUCAAUCAAAUAAUGAACAAAAUUUUCAACUAAUCUUGUUUAUCUGCAAUAAUUUUAGGUCUGUAACAUUAUUUUGUGUGCAUGCGUGUUCGAGUCCUUGAGUGGGAGUGGGUGUUCGGGAUGUAGUGACUAAUGUGUUACUGCUAACAUGAUCAGUGUCUAUACUACCAGUUCAGUCAGGACCACUUAGGUCAAAGAGAAUUGGUUAUUUGCAUGCAAUAAGUUAUAUUUAGUAGUAUGGUGCUUCUCUGAAAGGGGGCACAACUCUCCUUCUUUUCAUGUCGACACCUGAAAAGCCAAGGCAAGGAGAGCAGCAGCUUUAUCGGGUACAGAACAGAACAGCUAUUAGCAACGAUACACAGACACUGCACGAAAAAAAGAGGGGUUUGUGACAGAAGUAGGGGACAAAGCAGUUUGCAGAGGAAGCAUCAGAGUAGCUAAAGCAUCUUAAAUAGGACACCUAUCUUCAUAUGUGCCAGUUAGAUGCAUGAAAGUUAAUCUGCUGAGAUAUCAGCUGAUAUAGACUGGUGAUAAAAAAUUAGCUGAUGUGCUGUAGGCUGAGCUUGGCUUUGCGGCCUGCCUGGACUAGCACUCAGCUCAGUUUGUUCUGAUCACAAACAAAACUCAAACUGUCUAUAUGCUCAGCUUUACACACUCUGGACUAAGCCUGCAUAAUAUGAGAAACAUACUGUAUACUGAAUAUGUCCAUCAGUUUCAUAUUAAGGAUGAAAUGUAGGCAUUAUAUCUUCUCAAAGACAGCCCUCAAUGACAAAUUAAGAUUAUCAACUAAAGGUCCAAAAACAAAAUAUCGUUAAUGUACAGUCUUUAAAAUAAAGGAGGGCUGUAAAUCCUGUAUUGACAUUUCAGUGACCUUUUUAAAUGACAUUUCCUUCUACUAUUGAUUAGUUGCCUCGUGUUGGCUUUCUGCAGUAUGCCCAGUUCCCAUUUUAUAGCUACAGCAUAACUACUGCAGUCCAUGACAACGGUUAUACACUGAGUGCAGAAGAUUUUAUUGAAGAUGUGUGACUGCAUGACUGAUUACUAUAUGAUCUGUUAGUUAUUGUUUAUAUAGUAUUGUCUUGAGCUAUUUACAUCAGCAAGGGUAAACUGAAUUGCAAUGCUACCUCUCUGUGUUGCACAGUACAGAUAGAAAACACUACAUCAAGUCUUAGUGAAAGCUGCAGUUAUGUACCUUAAUAUUAAGUCAACAUAUUGCAGAACUCCGACAUCAGUUUGAGGAAGGUGUUUCUUAUAAGCUGUCUACUGAGUGUGAAUAACACUGACUAUAAAAACUCCCUCUAUUCUCAGUCUCAGUCCAUCCCCAUCUCUGCAUCCUUCUGUCAGCUUCCCAGAGGCUACAACGGGAUUGGUUGUCUGUGCUGCUGUGCCAUUUGCUCAUUGGCUCGUGGAGGGCCAUGUGCUCUGAAUGCUGACUCAUGGCAAAAAAAAAAAAGAGGAGAGGAGAGUACGAACACUGCUGUGACUGUGUUUGAGACUUAAAAAUAAAGAAGAUAGUGGGCGCUGGAUGCAAAUUUGUUUGUGAGCGUGUGUGUCUGUGAGUGGUUGUCUGUUGUAGAGACAGACAGACAAGCACAUGGCCAUCUGUAAGCAGUUUAGCUGAAAAAUAGGUCACGCAAGUGCACCUACCAGAUUUUCUCGCUCGCUGUCUCUCUCCUCUCCUUUCUUUCUGUCUCCUACAGUACUGUCAAGGUUUUCCCUUCAAAACACUAGUGCAUUUUACCCCUCCCUCUCUGUCUUUCUCUCUCCUUUGUCUUUUUUUCAUGUCUUACUGUCUGUGCUCUCUCUACCUCACUACCCUCAUUGCCUGUUGUUGCCAUGGCUACCCUGCAGUAUGCUGGCAUGCACACGGCAGUGUUGGAUACCUAGGUGAUGGGACGCUCAAAUAGAUCAUUAGAAUUCUACUGGGUUUCCCUGUAUGUUUACAUUUGUUUAUGUGAAUGCUAUAUGUAUGGUGAUUUAUUACUGCAAGUGCAAGGAACAAAUUCAGUGGCUGGUCAAGUGGCCCUGAAGUAGUAACAUCAAAUUAGAUAAAUGGCCAGUUAGCUUCCACUCUGCCCUUAACCAUUUAUAGAUUCAUACCUCAGCCAGAUUGCUCUAUGAACGCUGUGUUUCUGACAUAUAUCUGUUACCAAGACAAGGCAAAGGAAACAUUUUAUAUUUUUUCUCCAUCAUCCAAUCUAGCUAUUGAAAUCACAUUGAUAAUGGCUUCACUAAUAUGGCAGUGGGAUCUUCAUUGCCAAUCUCUAUUCAGUGGACAAUAGAGUGUGCAGCUGACUUGCAGCUCGAAAUAGGAUUGUCUCAUUUCUACAUAACAGUUUGUAAACUAGACUAGAAUGUCUCUGUUUAUUUUUCUUUUACAACUUAUUGAGAUCCCGAGCCAAGAAUCCAGGAGUUUAAAAUGCCCUUGCUGUGCUCCUCAGUACCACCACUUAACAUAUUUAAUCUGUUCCACAAGAAGUAAUCAGUUGUGUAUGAUCAGUUAUCAUUUAAAUAGGGUCAUGUUGGUCUAAAAUUUCAUGAAAUUUCGUAAAAUUCAUUUUAAGAUUCGCAGGUCCCAUAGUGAUCUUUUAAGAUGGUAUAAUGUAUUUUUUUGUCAGUCUCAAACCAAAGAUAGUCCUUUUAUAGCUCUGUCAUAUGAGACUGAAUCAUCCCAUGAGACAACAUUUUCUGCAAGUGUUUGAACAUUUUUAAAUCAACUUGUGUUGUUAAAGGUGGGUUAGCAGGAUCUGAGGAAGUGCCCUUUAAUUUGGCGAAAUCUUGAAUGUAAGCACUACCCCUCCCAACCCCUCCCAUAUUUUUCAUUGAUGUUGACCCUGCUUUUUUAGCUCUUGUCCGGGUGGUCUACCUCCUUUUUAAGCGCUUGUAAUUCCGUCAGAGUCUUCAGUAUUUCCUUCGUUUUGUUGGUUGUGUUGGCAGUUGUGGCCAAAGGAGGAUUCAGACAAUUUUCUGUGCUUUCUGGUUGGUUUCUACUGUCCGAUAUUGUAGCAUGCUAACUUUGUUUGGGCUCCUGAACGACACGGGAGAGCAGAGCAUCUGUCUCACAACCAAUCAGGUUGGGGGAGGUGGAGAAUGGCUUUGUUUACAGUCAGAAAGAGCGGAGCGCUUAAAAAAUUCAAAAUGUUGACUACACAGACAUAACCAAACAGUGAUUUCGCUAUAUUACCAAAUGUCAUCAAUGACAAAUAGCUAUUGGCUCAUAUUAAAAGCUUUUUUGUAUAUACACCACAAAAAAGAUGCUUCUUUAACUGAUUCCUGCCUACCCCACCUUUAAUAUAUUGUUUCCCCAUUUCUUCUUUUCUCUUAUCAAUCUUCUUCUAUCUUCUUCACCCUCUCUCUCGUUCUUACAGCUAAGGAUAGGUAUCCAUACAGGCUCAGUGCUAGCAGGGGUGGUUGGAGUCAAAAUGCCACGGUAUUGCCUCUUUGGAAACAACGUGACACUGGCCAGCAAGUUUGAAUCAGGGAGCCAGCCAAGAUGUAUCAAUGUUAGUCCCACAACCUACCAGUAAGUAACAGAAUUACUCAUUUAGAAAAUAAAAGGCUGUACAUCGACAUAAACCAUAUAGGUUUUGAUUUUAACCCUGUUGCCUUGACGGUAUGAUUGAGUACCAUUUUAAACACUGAUACCAAGAAAACUAUGAGUACAUUAACUGAAAUGUCUGAAAUAUCUUAUCCCGCAACAGGUUGCUGAAGGAUGACCGCUCUUUUUCAUUUGUCCCUCGGUCACGGCUGGAGCUUCCAGAAAACUUUCCCAAAGAGAUCCCAGGGACCUGCUAUUUUCUGGAGGCGGGAACUUCUCACAGCCAUGCCUCACUGACCAGCUCUCGCUCCGCUCCCCCAGCCUCUAUGAGGAAAGUCUCCUACAGCAUCGGGACCAUGUUUCUGAGAGAAACAAGUUUGUAGGUCCUGUACACAGACUGGGAUACAAAAAUAUUCAUUUUUGAAGAGUUUGAACCUCUCCAAACAUACAUGAAAUAGAUCUAACAGAUGUCUGGAUAUGCGAUCGCAUAAUGUGAAAACUUGGUUACAGACCUGAGGAUGGUCAAUAUAAAUAAUAUUGGACAAGAUUCUCACAUCAUGGGUGGAAAAUGAACAAAAUGCCCUCCUCUUCCUUGAUUGUGGGCAGUAUGCUUCAAGGACUUGAAGAACAGCAGCUAUGCUAAUUUCACAUAGACUCCUUCCCAAGAACUGACUGGGUCUUUAAGCAGAGAAACUAGUUAUAAAACUUGAUCUAUUUGGAUUCCUCAGCUCCAUACCUGAUUUCUAGCUCUCUUCAUUGGUCCUUUCUCCCAGCUUUUACCCUGACCUGGAGCUAGUGUCAACAAGGCUUGGGGAAAACCUGGACUCAGACCAGUGUUGCACUUGUUAGGCAUCAACAGCAUUGCAUAAACAGAACAAAACUACUUUCCAUUAAAGUGGAUGCUGAGGAAAGAUGAUAUCUGAACCUUCAGAAAAUGGCAACAUUGCCACAGAUAUUUGCUGUGCAUCAUGGCCUCUUGUACAAGAAAGUCCACCGCUGAAGAACAAUACAUCCCACAGUCCUCCUCCUACAGCUGUUGCGAAAUCUUGUCAUGCUUUACCAAACUCAGUUAUAACAUCUGCUGCUCCUUACAUCAGCCUACAGUAGGACCAGGUUGUUGGGCUAGGGAGAAUCACAAUGAGAGGCACAUAUAAGUUGUUACAGAAAAGCGGGUCAUUAACCGAAAAAUGCCAAAAAUUCUAGUACUAAACUAAUCUUAGAGCCUUUGCUUCUUCUAACCCACAGCAAACUAUAGCCAACAACAUUUAGCCGUUGCAAGUAUGUUAAGAGCUGACAGUUAUACCCAGAUUUGUGCCUUUUACUGCUCAAACCAGGACAAGUACAGGAUGGAUUCAUUUAAAAUAUUUGAACAAAAUAAAACAAAGGAAUGCUUCAUUUAUCAUGUGUUAUACAACCGUUCUUAAUAACAUUUCUGUUGAAUUUAAGUUGAUAGUGAAGCCUCUGUAUAAGAUAUGUCAUGUGCCAAAGGUUAUAAUCCACAAUCAAACCCGUGAUAUUUAAGUUUUAAAAGGCGUCUUUUCCCACCAAGCUACCAGGAGACUCAUUCUAUCCUGAUUACUUUUGAGACAGUAACGGGUGGCUGGCAAGAUAAAUCAAGCACUCCUAAAUUUGUUCAAAUAUUUUCAAUUUUGUUUGAUCAUCUAGACCAACAAAUACAGAGACACAGAGUCAGUACCGACAUUGUGGUACUUAACUAACUUAUUCAUAGUCACUGUAUGCAUGUUAGCCAUUGUUUACAUUUACAUACACCUACAGACAGUAUCUUCUUUGUUACAUUAUUUUAACCUUGUGAAUUAAAAAAAGGAUUUACUUGCCCCAUGAGAAUGCAAACAACAGAGUUUCCUUAGUAGGAACCUUAGGCCUUGGAAUUACUUCAGCAUGGCUCAGUAGUUCAGUAACUUCUAAAAACAGUGUUUGUCCAAGAGAAUGGCACAUUGAACAUUGUAAAAACACUUAGCUACAAUGUCUUCUUUAGCUGCUGAAAUACAUAGAUGGGACGUAAAUUGGAUUAAGUAGAAAUGACAGAUAGAAAAAGUAAUAACAGCUUGGCAAAAAAAGAUAAACUAUUUGUUCCAUUUUUGACAAUUAAAGAUUUUUUUUUAAAAAAAUUUAGGAGGAAUUAAAUGGUUUUUUAGCAUCCCAGUUUUUAACAAUGAUUAACAGCGCUGGGAAGAAAAUUCUGCAACAACAAAGUUUGUGAAAUUAAAAGCAGGUAUGUUUUUGUUUGGUUACUCUCUUUGUAAAAAUAAAGGGUUUGAUUCAUGCAUUACAUCACAAUAUUGGUGAAGAUGAUGAAAAAAACUGUAUGACUCUUCUACAAAAACUUUUCUUUGAAAUUUAAAUUGAUAUGAUUGACAAUGGACGAGUUCAGCACAGCUUUUAGUUUCAAAAUCACAAACUUUUUCAGGAAGGGAGCAUGUCUACAUCUUGCCAAAUGUUAUACUAAUGGAUGAACCGUAUAAAGUCCAAACAAAAUGUGCCAAUUGAAUUAUAGGAAAGCCCCAGCAAAGGCUAACAUUUGCUUCUGUGUUUGAGGUUCGGUACCUGCAUCUGUUGAGUACCAAUGCAUUUUAAUACCUUGUCAAUACACCAGCGUUGGCUGGGAUUCAUCGGAAGCAUGUGCUGGCUACACUAUCUAAAACCGUGUUACAAGGGAAAACAUCAGACUGACCAUCGGACAAGGUUUUUCCUCAAUAGAAAACAUUGUGGUUGCUAACUGAGAUUAACACCAGCAUAACAAAGCAAUGUGCCAUUUUAAAGCAAGGACGGGAAGAUGGGAGAUGAUAAAAGUGAAAACAUUUUCUUUUGACUUUUUGGCUGUUUGAGCCUGAGCUGUGCUACAAGUGCCAGAAAACUGUGGUCAAGGGUCAUGAUUGCAUAAAUUAUCAAAUUCUCUCCUCAGUUUCUGUCUUGGCCAGAGAGCAUGUAGCGUCAUAAAGACAUUUUUUAAAAGCACUCUGUUGUCUUUUCCAUAUUUAAUGUAAAUGAAAUAACUAUAACCCAUUUUGGAAAGUGUUAUGGUUCCUAUAUGGACUUGGCAACAAUAACGAGAGAUGAAUUUAAUAUUUUACUACAUGUGUUGAUAGUUUUAGCAUAAAAAUAAUGGAAUUUUACACAACAGAAAUAUGCGUGUUAACUUAAAAAAAUAGGUGCAACUUCUAAGUGGUAAGCCUUGUCAUUUUAAGCCAAUAACUCUGUCCACUGUGUAAACAAAACUGAGGACAAGAUUCAACUCAAAUUUAAAGUGAAGCAGAAUUAUAUGAACACUGUUUUGCUCAGUGGUGACAUACCUAAAACAUUUCAUGUAAGAAAAAAACACCAUAACAUUAAUGUUUUUGAGAGAACCAGAGUAUGUAACACCCAGCAGGGAUAUCUGUAAGACAUACAGUCUGUAUUUUUCACAUCACUGAUAAAGAGUGGUUGCAAUUUGACAUUUCUCUUUAGAGUAAAGUUAAUAAGCAGGCCAAGAAACGAUCAAAUGUAAUUCACAAAUUUACAAAUACACCAGAGAUUGGUUUUCCAUGUCUGUGAGGGCUAGGAAACAGAUGGCGAUGGGCUUAUUUCUCCUAAAGCUUAAUUUCAUUUAUGGUGAGUCAUUUCAUAGAAAACAGUGAUUUUCAGCGCAGAACCUUAACCUGAACCCUUAUCAAAUGUGUUUGACUGUUGGGCCAUUAUUUAGGGUGAAGCUGGAAAAACCUUCCGCAUAAAUUACACACAAAAAUUCCCUGACUGCAACCAUGGUGAUAUUCUAUUAUACAUUCAUGUAUUACUUUGUCCUUGUACUAUAUGUGUUACAGCAUUAAUGUAGUUUUUUUAAAUUCAUCUUCAGCAGUGCCUGAAUCCUGUAUCUCUGCUAAAUUAAGGACAUUACAUUAGUGUUACACCCACACAACUUGUGUGCACUGCUCACAUUUCCAAGUCUGAAAAUUUUUGGCAUCGUAUUAGCCGUUUGGUGGUAAGAGUCUUGCUGACAUGGUGUGGAAGUGUUUCAGGUACUAGUUCUCUAAAUUCUAGUCACACUGCAGUGCAGACUGUGGGUCAGUUUCUUAAACAAGAUGGAAAUCCAACCACAGUGGCAAUACAACUGAGAUGUACUGUAUAAGCUGUGUCAAGUUAUCAUGAUCACAAUGUUGUCAUGAGCCUUAGAGAGGUAUAUGAGGGUCCAGUGGGUUUGCCAGAGGAUAUGCUUAUUAAUUUUGUAACAAAGGCCUAUAGUACCCAUACCAAUUUGGUACAUUCAAUAUAGUAUAUUUAUAACAAUCAAAAUAAAGAACAGAAAUUAAAAUGAAAUGUAUAUGUUUUCUAGGUAUAUUUCACAAAGUUAUUUCAUGCUGUUAAAAUUACCACUGCUUUGAUUUCUUUUUCAGCCAGGUUCUCCUUUGACUGUUUGUGUGCUGUCCAGAGCUCGGCUUGUUUCCACAACAUGACAGUAUUUCACAUAACCAAUCCUAACCCUGAGUCUUGCUUUUUUAUUUUGAAAAUGAAGAAAAAAUUGUGAUUUUUUUUUUUUGCCCACUUGAAAUUUUAAAUUCACGUUAUCUUCAUGUAAAUGAGAAUAAGUUGUGUUUUAUUGAAAGAUAAAGCAACUGGUCAUGUGUUUUCUAUUUCUUUUCUUUUUUCUUUCUUUUUUGCAGGACAUAGCUGUAAAUUGUCUUGUUAAGAUUAUCUUCCAACUACCCCUUUCACCAAUCCCCACCCCAAAACCCAGUCCAGUCUAAGUUGAUGGAAAACUGAUCCCUGUUUCUUUAACAUAAGCCUGCUUUGAACAUCAGAGUUAAACAUGGCUGAUGCUCUUCAUACAUGUCCAGGGUCCUCCUAAUGGAUGUGCAACAACCAACUUAUCUCCAAUAACUUCACCCACAGGAGAAUGGUAGCUUCUAUAACAUUUCUUCACCAGCUAAGAAUGAAACUAAUAUUUAAUACUAAUAUUUGUGAGAUUUUAAAUCUUAUUAUUUUACAGCCAUCUCUCUGUGGGAGGCAUUAUUUGAUGUCAGAAAUCUGGUCUGAGUUUUUGUAUUUUGGUGCCACGUAUACACGCUGAGCCGACCCUGGACAUGAACUCCGUUUGGGCUUGUGUUUGGAAUCAUGUGUGCUGCAGUGGCUUGAUGACAGCUGUUGGUUUCUGACUGACAGUAAGGGCACAUCUUCUGUCUUAUAUAAUGUAAAUAAAACACCAAGUAUCUUUAAUAAGGAAAAAAUGACUGUGG